CUGUUUCCCGAAAUCCAUUUUCAUCCAAACACACAUAGAUGAAGAUAACGUGAAAUUCGCACACCCAAUUCAACAUAACUCUGAAUGUAAAAAAGAUCGCACAAAUAAAACCAUAAGAAUUCCUUCAUCGAUAAGUAGAAUCUUUAGCUUUCAUGGCAUCUCUACCUUCAGUAGUAAUCGGCAACACGAUCAAACUCGAAUCAGAGUUCAAGAGACGCACCGCCAAUUUCCCUUCGAUUGAAAAGAGGAAUUUUAGCUCAAGCUAUCCGGAUAAAGCUUUUGACGCAUUAACUUUGGACUUCAGAGAAGUCGAAUCUUCAACUUACGUUCCACUUCUACAACAAUGCGUCGAAAAGAACUCACUUCAAGAAACCCAGAUGAUUCAUGCUCACAUUAUCAAAUCCGGCACACAAGAAGAUUUAUUCGUUAUGACAUCGCUAGUGAACGUUUAUGGAAAAUGCGGUGCCAUGGAAGCCGCGCACAAGGUGUUCGCUAAAUUGUCUAAAAGAAACGUCGUAACUUGGACUUCUUUAAUGUCAGGCUACGUUCACAACUCCCAACCCGAAACAGCAAUCCGUGUGUUUUCACAGAUGUUGGAAACCGGAUCUUAUCCCACAAAUUAUACACUCGGAGUUAUCUUAAACGCUUGUUCUGCAUUAUUAGAUCUUAAAUUGGGAAAACAAGUUCAUGGGUAUGUCAUUAAAUACGGCCUGGAAGAUGAAACAAGCAUCGGGAAUACACUCUGUAACUUUUACUCUAAAUGCAUCGAAAACCUGGAUUCCGCCAUGACAGCAUUUUGGAGGAUCCGGGAACGGAAUGUGAUCUCAUGGACAACAAUCGUUUCCGCUUGUGGCGACAAUCGGAAUCCUGAUUCCGGUUUGUAUCUAUUCACUCGAAUGCUUGAAGAUGGAAUUGAACCAAAUGAGUUCAUUUUAACAAGCGUCUUAAGCUUGUGUUCUACAAUCCAAGCUAAAGAUUUCGGUUUGCAAAUCCAUUCACUAUCCAUCAAGAUCGGAUAUGAAUCCAACAUUCCUGUUACUAAUUCCAUCAUGUAUUUAUACUUAAAAGCCGGAUCAUUUACCGAAGCCAAGAAGCUAUUUGAAGGAUUGGAAACCGUAAGCUUAGUAACAUGGAACGCGAUGAUUGCGGGCCACGCCCAGAUGAUGGAAGUUUCCGAAAAUACCCUUCUGGCAACCCGAAACGGGUUUGAAGCUCUUGACACGUUCUUGAAACUACAAAAAUCCGGAUUAAAACCCGAUCUUUUCACCUUUUCUAGCAUCUUAACAGUUUGCAGCAAUCUUUUAGCUUUAGAACAAGGUCAACAAGUCCAUUGUCAAGCUAUAAAAACAGGGUUUUUAUCCGAUGUGGUUGUGGGGACAGCUUUAGUCAACAUGUAUAACAAAUGUGGGACAAUUGAAGGUGCAUGUAAAGCGUUUGUUGAAAUGCCUACAAGAACUUUGAUUUCAUGGACUUCAAUGAUCACUGCAUUUGCUCAACAUGGUCUUUCCCGACACGCGUUGGAUCUUUUUAACGACAUGAGACUCGCAGGCGACAAACCGAAUAAAGUUACAUUUGUUGGUGUUCUUGCAGCGUGUAGUCAUGCGGGAAUGGUUGACCAGGGUUUGACUUUUUUUGAAAUGAUGAAACAGGAAUACAAAAUCGACCCGAUUAUGGAUCAUUACGGGUGCAUAAUUGAUAUGUAUGUGAGAUUAGGGAAGCUAGAUGAAGCUUUUGAGUUUGUUAACAAGAUGGAAUUUGAACCAAAUGAGUUCAUUUGGUCAUUACUUGUUGCAGGUUGUAGAAGUCAUGGGAAUCUUGAAAUGGGUUUUUAUGCUGCUGAAAAGUUGCUUGAUUUAAACCCUAAAGAUCCUGAGUUGUAUGUUAUGCUUUUGAACAUGUACGUUUCAGCGGGAAGAUGGAAAGACGUGUCGAGGUUAAGGAAGUUGAUGAAAGAUGAAAAAGUUAUGAAAUUGAAAGAUUGGAGUUGGGUUAGUAUUAAAGAUAAGGUUUUUUCGUUUAGAUGUGACGAUAAAUGUGAAGAGAUUCAAGAUUUGUUGAAGGAUUUGAUUGAGAAAUCAAGAAAUCUUGGAUAUGAGUGGAAGGAAAAUGAAGAGCAUCAUAGUGAAAAGUUUGCUGUGGUGUUUGGUUUGUUAAAGAUGGAAAAAAGAGCAGCGAUACGUGUGGUUAAGAGUACGAGUAUGUGUAGAGAGUGUCAUAAUUUUGUUAAGAUUGUUUCGGUGUUGACUGAGAGGGAAAUUGUAGUGAGAGAUAGUAAAAGACUUCAUAGAUUUGUUAAGGGGAAGUGUUCAUGCGGGGAUUUUGGUAGUCUUUUGUGAUGUGGGAUUGUGGUGUAUGGAAUAUAGAAUGUUUAGG